UAGUAUUUUAGGUUAUGAACAGAAUUUUAAAAUUUUCUUUAUAAAUAACAUAGAUUCGAAAUAUUCUUAAGUAAUUAAUUCUAAAUAAUAUGAUAUCACGCAGCUGGAGAAUCGUGUGCCGACGAUAUUCGCAGACAGUAACAUUCAGAACAACAGAGUCGUCACCUUCACAGCACAAUGAGAAACAGAUUGGUUUAUUCUACUCCAUCAAGCCUGAUCUGUGCAAGCAAUUAUUUGCCCAUGGAGGCUUACCAAAGAGUUUUUCCAAACAAACCAAGACAUUCACAGAAACAGCCAUAAUGGUGCGCCAGCCAGCUCUUGACUUAAUUGAUUGUAUUAAAGCUACAGAUUUUAACAAGCCAGUGAUUAGAUAUGUGAUGUAUGGGGAAAAAGGAUCAGGUAAAUCAUUAACAAUGGCACAUUUGCUGCAUUAUGCACAUGAAGAAGGCUACUUAAUUAUACAUGUACCCUGGGUAUCAGAAUUCCUGCGGCGUGUGACGCGACAUAAGGAGAUGUCGAACUCUCAAACCCACGAAGGAUUUGUGGACCUUCCUCUAGAUGUCGCCGCGUGGCUCUUACAUUUUAAGACUCAAAAUCAAGCUUUACUAAAAAAUACAGAGUUGAAGAUAUCCAAAAGCUAUGUAUGGAGCAAACGUGAAACUACGGAAGCUGGCGCCCCACUGUCACAAUUAGUGGAACACGGCAUCAACCGCGUGAAAUACGCCUGCGACGUGCUCGACGCUCUUGUAUAUGAAAUUAAACAACUCUCUGAUAACAAACAAUGUAAAACUUUUGUUGCAAUUGAUGGUUACAAUGGCUUCUUCUACCCCCUAACGCGACUUCACACACCAACCAAGAAGAAAGUGAAACCAGAGGAAGUAACACUCACUACAUCGUUUUUGGAACUCACGAAAAAUGAUUGGACAAAUGGAGUUGUCGUUGUGACAGCAGAUCAGUUGGCACUACCUGAUGAUAAUCAAGAAAGUUACCUUCCUAGAUACUUAUUAUACAAAAAGGGUUUUGAGUUAUUGGACCCAUUUGUCCCAAUUGAAGUUGGGCGAUACAGUGAUAAAGAAUUCCUAUCCUGUGCCAGUUACUACAGAGAUAGGCUGUGGCUCCGGGGACCUCCAGAAAUUGAAACAGAACUAAAAUUCACAAGUGCUGGCAACCCUUAUAAAUUUAUGGAGCAGUGUGCUCCAUUAUAAAUAAUUUUGUAUAUAGAUUAUAGGUGCUUAGAUGUAUAUUAUAUUAAUUAAUAAUGUAGGAUUUUUUUUAUUUAUUACUCCAUAAUUUAAUGUAAUACCUAUACUCAGGUUUAAUAAU